CUAUGCAGUAAGCGUAAACGGGCUUGUCGUGGGCUAACCUCUGUAGUAGUCUGAAGGUUUUUAGCCCAGCCAUAUGUAUAGUUGAACCGCGGGACUGACUACACCUAUUGAGAAGCCUUUGUUGUAUUCGAGAUAAUCGUGCUGUUGUUUUGUUCUUCGUUAUGGCGGUGGUCAUCCGAUUACAGGGACUCAGAAUCACGGCUGGUUCUGAGGAUAUUCGAAGUUUCUUCACUGGCCUCAAAAUCCCAGAUGGUGGGGUGCAUAUCAUUGGUGGCGAGCUUGAGGAAGCAUUCAUCAUCUUUGCAUCUGACGAAGAUGCCAGACGUGCAAUGUCUCGCUCAGGCGGUUGCAUUAAGGGGUCCCCUGUUAACUUACUGUUGAGUAGCAAAUCGGAGAUGCAAAAGGUUCUAGAGGCAAGCACUAAAAAGCCAGAUGUCAAUACAAGGAGGACAUACAAAGAUAAUGGUCGAUCUGGAGAAGCUGAGCCUUUGUCUUUUGGUGGGAAACCUGCAGUGGAGAGACAUAGAACAGAGGUAAAUCCUCACCCGGAGGUUGGAAAUAGGUCACUUGCCAGUGGAAGGCGCAGUCAGACGAGACAACCUGGACCUGGACAACAAGAAAGCAGAGAAUCUCCCAGAGAUGGCUUGUACUUGCAUCUGUACGGCAUGCCAUUUUCUGCCACGAAAGAAGACGUCCUGCAGUUUUUUGAGGGAUUGCGGGUUGAGGACAUUAUUCUUUUCAGAAAUAAUCAAGGCAAGCCAAGUGGAGCUGGCAUGGUGAAAUUUGCAACAGCCCAAGAUGCUGCUGAGGGUCUGAAGAGGGACCGUGAAUACAUUGGAUCUCGGUACGUUCGCGUCAAUCCAAGUGCAGAGAAGAAGUGGUUGCUGGCCGGUGGAGACAGUGAACCAGAACCAGCCACAAACCCCACUGAGUACAGUACCAUGCCAAGCCCUACUUACACCUCAAGGAAACAUGUACCUGAUCGCCCAAAAUCACGCUCGCCGGUGCCAUACCGUUCUCGGUCUGCCUCUCCUGCUAAGGAAGAGUUUUGUGUGCUUGUGGAUAACCUUUCUUAUGCUGUGGAGAAGAAGGACUUGAAAGAUUUUUUCCGCCCCGUUCCCUUAAAGGACGAUCAGAUCAUUCAUGUGAACGAUAAAUACGGGAAAAGGACAAGGACUGCCCUUGUCAUGUUCGGUAGCCUAAGGGACUAUUGUGCAGGCCUGUCUCACCAUAGGGAAGAGUUGUGCAACAAAACUGUGAAUGUAUCUCCAGUUUCAAAAGAAAGGAUGAUUGCUAUGCUGCAGUCAAUGAACCAGCAGCUAGAUGACCCAGAGGAGCCCAGCCAUUCAGGUCAAAGGUCACCAUCCCAUGGCAGAGAUGGGUUUGACUCAGACAGAAUUUGUCUCUAUGUGCGCAAUCUCCCUUUUGAUGUUCGAAAGGUGGAGAUUAUGGACUUUUUCCAUGGCUUUAGAAUUUCCGAUGAUUCCCUCAUUCUUCUUCGAGACGAACAUGGAGCUGGACUUGGUGAAGCACUGAUGAUUUUCCAAACUGAAAACGAGGCAAUGAUGGCACAGUCUUUGAAUGGGCAACGUUUUCUGGGUUCAGAGGUUAUGUUGAAAUGCAUCACUAGGGCUCAGAUGCGAGAGUUUGGUAUAUCAGACCAGAUGGGUUUUGGCCAGAAUGAAAUUCCAAGGGAAACUGGAGAGGUGAGGUAUCCAGCAAGACAAGAUGGCAGACCAAAUUUCCCUGCAGACAAAGUGUAUUCAGAGGGCCUGUCUCCAGACAUCCACCCACACCGUGAUGAUAUGCCUGUUCAACCUUUUGGCCGAAGAGAAGACCAGUAUGACCUACAGCUAGACCACUCUGAUGCUUUUGGAGGCAGAGGAGAAGGCCCCUUGAAUCAAGGCUUUGGGCCUCCUGGACAACAUUCUGAUAGUCCCACCUGUGUGGUGCUGUCAAAUCUGCCAUUACGGAUCAAAUAUGAUGAGAUCUAUGAUUUCUGCUAUGGCUACAGAGUGAUCCCAGGAUCUGUGACUGUGCAGUGUGACCGACGUGGUAUGUCUAGUUCUGCUUCAGUUGUGUUUGAAUCACACCGUGAAGCAUUGACUGCUGUUAAAGAAUUGCAUGGAAGGCCCAUUGGGAAGAGAACAAUCUCUGUGAAGUUUGAAUGAGGGUUGUUAUAUUCAGAAGUGAAAUUGUGCAAAUCUGUUCAUAUUUGUGCCGUGUUUGAUGUUUGGUAUCAAAGACAAGUAAUGACAACCAUGGUUUUUAGGUUGAAGAUUUUAGUGAUAUCAAAAAGGACAGCAGUGUUGCAAAUAUGAAAAAGCUCUUUGCGUUUGAUGCCGUUAUUGUCCCUCCCCCUCCCCCUCCCCCUCCAAAAGUCUGAUCCUUUAUUUUUGAAGUGUGUUGUUUUUUUUGUUGUUUUUUUUAAGACAAAACAAAGAAUGGUUUAGUUGGACUCUGUGAUAGAUUAAGAUUUGUGUCUUUGAGCACAGGUUUGUACAGGUUAAUGAUUAAUUACUGUUUUUAUGUUAAUUCUGACAAUUAGUAAUGAAGUCCAUUGUUAUAAUUUAAUGAUUGUAUGAACAUUGGAUGGCAUAUGUUCCAGUAAAGACCUUUAUUUGA